GCAAUGUCUCAGGCUGUGCAGACAAAUGGAACUCAACCACUAAGCAAAACAUGGGAACUCAGUUUAUAUGAAUUACAACGAACACCUCAGGAGGCAAUAACAGAUGGCUUGGAAAUUGUGGUUUCACCUAGAAGUCUCCACAGUGAAUUAAUGUGUCCAAUUUGCUUGGAUAUGUUAAAGAACACCAUGACUACAAAGGAGUGUUUACAUCGUUUUUGUGCAGAUUGCAUUAUCACAGCCCUUAGAAGUGGCAACAAAGAAUGCCCUACUUGCCGGAAAAAGCUUGUUUCCAAAAGAUCACUAAGGCCAGAUCCAAAUUUUGAUGCUCUCAUCAGCAAAAUUUAUCCAAGUCGAGAUGAGUAUGAAGCUCAUCAAGAGAGAGUAUUAGCCAGGAUCAACAAACACAAUAAUCAGCAAGCACUCAGUCACAGCAUUGAGGAAGGACUGAAGAUACAGGCCAUGAACAGAUUGCAGCGAGGCAAGAAGCAACAGAUUGAAAAUGGUAGUGGAGCAGAAGAUAAUGGCGACAGUUCACAUUGUAGCAAUGCGUCCACACACAGCAACCAGGAAGCAGGCCCUAGUAACAAAAGGACCAAAACCUCUGAUGAUUCUGGGCUUGAGCUUGAUAAUAAUAAUACAGCAGUGGCAAUUGAUCCAGUAAUGGAUGGUGCUAGUGAGAUUGAGUUAGUGUUCAGGCCUCAUCCUACGCUUAUGGAAAAAGAUGACAGUGCACAGACAAGAUAUAUAAAGACUUCAGGUAAUGCCACUGUUGAUCAUUUAUCUAAGUAUCUGGCUGUGAGGUUAGCUCUAGAAGAACUUCGAAGCAAAGGAGAAUCAAACCAGAUGAACCUGGAUACAGCCAGUGAGAAGCAGUAUACCAUUUACAUAGCAACAGCCAGUGGCCAGUUCACUGUAUUAAAUGGCUCUUUUUCUUUGGAAUUGGUCAGUGAGAAAUAUUGGAAAGUGAACAAGCCCAUGGAACUUUAUUAUGCACCCACCAAGGAGCACAAAUAAGUUUUUAAAAUCAAUUCUGAGACUGAACUUUUUUUUAUAGCCUUUUUCUUUAAUAUUAAAGAUGUACCAUCACUACUCUUAUGGACAGAUCUUGGAUAUGCUGUUCAAUUUCCUUUCUGAGCCAGACUCAUUUACACUAUUAGAAUCAUUUCCCCUUAAUUUAAGAUUUACUUUUUGGAAGAUACUGCAGCAGUUCAGUACUUGUUCUUUUCUUUUAAUAAUAUGUCUAAGUGUGUGCUUUCACAAAGAAUGGUUACAUAACCUUUGACCCAGGAGUUUUUAAGUAAAGCUUCAGUUGGCUAUCUUUUCCUUCUGCCUUUAGAUUUUUUUAGGUCUCUAUAGAAGUUAAUAUGUAUUCUUUCCCUUCCUGGAGUCUUGUAUAUUUAUAGUUUUCUAUAUAAAUUGUAGUAUCUUCAUGAAGACCAAGGCUCAAUUUUCAUAAAAACAAUUCUCAUAGGAUUAUUAUUUUCAUGGUAUUUUCUUCCAUAUAUCUCAUUUUUGAAAGAGGUUCUUUAUGAACUUGGUGUCCAUUGUCAUUGCAAUGUUAUUUUUUUCUGUUCCCCUCUCCCACUCACUUGAAAGUUUAGAAUUUUUGGUCAUGGGGAAGAGAAUCAAAGUCUUAAGUUCUAUGAGAACAUAGUUCAUUAACAGAUUUCACUGAAGAGAAGUUAAGUUGUUAGGAAUAUGUAGUUCUCAA